AUGUUCGUCCCGAGAGCUCUUAGGCUCAAAGGCUUCCAUGAAACCAAACGCCCCAAAGCUGUCAAGACUACUCCCAAGGUACCAGAAGAUGGCGGUAACAAUCAGGAGGAUGGGCUCAUCAAGGCCAUGCAGGAGACAAGCACCACUUCUCCAGCGCCCGAGCCUAUGCAAACCGACCCUGAGCCCGUGGCGCGCGGUCCAAGAUUCACGACUAGGCCUAUCACACCCGAGUACUUAGGUCAACUUGCUGCUGGUAUCGAAUUGAUCUUCACCGACUAUGCGCAUCAGGAAGAGGAGCGGGCACGCUGGCUGAAGGAGCGCUACAGGGCAGUGGAUGGCAAAGAGCAGUUCGUCCACCUGGUAGCCAUCCUCGACCACCCUUACAUAUCAAAAUUAAAGCCUGCGGCCACUCAAAAGCUCCUCCUCGAAGCCCUUGAAAGAUACCCCUCGGAGAUACUUGAAGUAUCAAGCAACUGCUACUACAUUCGACGUAAGCCCGCAACGUAUCCGCCCAAGUUUCUGCCUGAAAACUCGUUCGAAGAGAUUGAUGAUAAUGGUCUCGCCUUCUGGGACCAGCGGACCAUAUAUAUCGAGCCCCAUUUGCGUAACAUAUGUCCAACUCCAGCGAAAGUUGCCCACUGGCUCAAAGAGCACGGGCAAUUGCGCGACAAGUGGUUGCCUAUACAGGCAGUACACACGCUAUGGAACAGUUGCGCUUUUGUUGUGUUGAGUGGAAGUGUUAUGCACGAAGACAUAUGGCGCAAAUGGAGAGAAGCCGACGUGCCAGGAGACUGGAAAAUUAUGACCAAGGUUGAACACACAAAGCGCACCGCCGAGUACGUGGCUUUGCUCGAGCAGCAAAAUCCUCGGGGGAUGCGUAGGAACAUAGGCAGCGUCAGUGACCUUCCAGCAAUUGCACGACCGGCAGUGCUGCCGAUGGACACGAAGACGGUCUCAACCAACACAGAACCUUCUGAGAAGCCCACGGGCAAGAAGAAGCGCAAAAGAAAGAAAAAGUCGAAGAAGGCUGGAGAUGCUAAUGAGAUUGACAGAUCUGAUGCCAGCGACGGUGCAGCCGAGGAUCCAGAGGACAACGAGCCGAGCCGCAAGCGCCAAGCUUGA